AAUAGGUAGGCUAUGGUAUACAACGGUAGGCUAACAUAAUAUUACGCUGGUCUUUACGCCAUCAAGGGGUGUUGCGCUGCUGGAAACAUCAAAAGCGCACGCGUCGACUCAGGGGGUAUGGUUAGCCUACUGUACUUGGCCAUCGAUGCCGCUGGAUAAACCUAACCGGCGAUGUAAAUAACGGCAACUGUCGAGGUGGAUCUAACAUGCUUGACAUAAGAAAAUAAUAGGCCCUACAUGGCAUCUGGGUUUAUCAAUUUCACAAAACCAACGCGUUCAUCCUUUUAUGCCCGUUUACGAAUUUGACAGCUCGCCCGAUGGUUUUCUUCAUUUGACGCACGAACCAAAUCUGACGACGGGCGGUUUUCCUAAUAACCCACUUGGGAAAAACGGGUCAUUAUGACCUUAGUAUCCUCCUCUAAAAGAAAACCAUUGGAUUGUUUUUACGCAGCAGCGUUCUGCUUACAUUUUUCGCUGUGGAUUUUAAGCUCCGUGUCCGGGGAAGAACAUCAUCAGUUCAGCGUUGAGGAAUGGCUACAGAAGUAUGGCUACCUGCCCCAUACGGACCCCAGAAUGGCUGUUCUGCGCUCUGCCCAGACCAUGCACCAAGCCAUCGCAGCCAUGCAGCGCACCUACGGCCUGCAUGUCACAGGGACACUGGAUGAGAGCACCGCAGAUGAUGUCACACUAAGUUGGAUGAAGAGGCCGAGGUGUGGAAAUCCAGACAAAAUAAAGGGCAACUCAAGGUCACGGAAGCGGAGGUUUGCACUAACGGGUCAGAAGUGGCAGCGGACACACAUCACUUACAGCAUAAAGAACGUCACUCCCAAAGUGGGUGCCCGGGAGACGCACGAUGCCAUCCGGCGUGCGUUCGAUGUGUGGCAGGGGGUGACGCCGCUCCGCUUCGAGGCUGUCCCCUACAGUGCCCUGGAGAGCGGCCGGCGAGACGUGGACAUCACCAUCAUCUUCGCCUCAGGUUUCCAUGGUGACAGUUCACCCUUCGAUGGCGAGGGGGGAUUCCUAGCCCACGCAUACUUCCCAGGUCCUGGAAUCGGAGGGGACACCCACUUCGACUCAGAUGAACCCUGGACUCUGGGGAACCCCAAUCACGAUGGUAAUGAUCUGUUCCUGGUGGCGGUCCAUGAGCUGGGCCAUGCCUUGGGUCUAGAACACUCCAAUGACCCUACAGCCAUCAUGGCCCCCUUCUACCAGUAUAUGGAUACAGAGAACUUCAAACUACCUCACGACGACCUUCAGGGCAUCCAGAAAAUCUAUGGUACUGUACCAAUCUACGGUCCACCAGACAGGGCUCCCCAGCCCACCAGAGCCCCACCCACUGCCCCUCCUCCGCGUUUCCACCCUCCCUCUGAUCCCCGUAAACAUGACCGCCAGGUCCGGCCCCACCGCCCUCCUCAGGGUGCCAAACCGUCCAACCCUAAUGCCAAACCCAACAUCUGUGAUGGAGGCUUUAACACUCUGGCCAUCCUACGACAGGAGUUGUUCGUAUUCAAGGACCAGUGGUUCUGGAGGGUGAGGGACAACUCAGUAGUCCCUGGCUACCCCAUGCAGAUAAACUACUUCUGGAGAGGAUUGCCUGCCAAGAUCGACGCUGUUUAUGAAAACAGCGAAGGGAAGUUUGUCUUUUUCAAAGGGAACCGUUUCUGGGUGUUCAAGGACACUACGCUUCAGCCCACCUACCCUCAGGAUAUCUCUCUGUUUGGGAGUGGGAUGCCCACCCAGAGUAUUGAGACGGCGGUCUGGUGGGAGGACGUUGCCAAGACAUACUUCUUCAAGGGAGACAGAUACUGGAGGUACAAUGAGGACAUGAGAAACAUGGACCCUGGUUAUCCCAAACCUAUCACAGUGUGGAAGGGCAUCCCUGACUCCCCUCAGGGGGCGUUUGUGGACAAAGCUAACGGCUUCACCUAUUUCUACAAGGGGAAAGAGUACUGGAAGUUCAACAACCAGCGGUUGCGUGUGGAGCCAGGCUACCCCCGCUCCAUACUGAGGGACUUCAUGGGCUGCGACGGCCUCCCGGCCGACCCGGACUGGGACUGGAGCCCCCCUGAGGCGGAGGAACGCCACUAUGACAGCAGCAGCAACGACGUGGACGUCGUCAUAAAACUGGACAGCACGGGGGGCACGGAGAAGGCUGUGGCCGUGGCCAUCCCCUGCAUCCUGGCUCUGUGCAUGAUGGUCCUGCUCUACACCGUGUUCCAGUUCAGGAGGAAAAGCACACGGAGACACAUACUGUACUGCAAGCGCUCCAUGCAGGAGUGGGUCUGAGCUAAACCAGAGAAGGGACUGGAACUGUAGGGGAGCCGUACGGAGCUCCCCCUGGGGAGGGCAGCGAAGAGUUAUCCGGCUCCCGUUGUUCUGUAGUCUUUGAGCUGAGCCCCUCUGUGAAUGGACAGUGUAUACGGUGCUGUACUGGAGUCCUCCUGACGUGUGAAACUGCUUUGUCCUUUUUGAGACGUGCAAGGCGGAAUGAACCUAGCUGUCUUCAUUCAACGCUGUGAAGGACUUCGGCUGCCGAUUCCAACUAAGAGGUGUUUGCUUUGGCAAUUGACAAUGUCUUUGGGUAAAGUCUUCAUGUAAGAGAGGAACGCUGUCUGGGACCUGUAUCUAUAUCUGUCUCUGCACGCCCCUAACAAGCCCUUACUAACUAACUUCAGUACAGUGGACGAUUUAGGAAUAGGCUACUACUUUUUAUUUUCAUGUCCUAGUAAAGUUCAAGUUGCUCAGACUGUACAUUUUGUUUUAAUUAUCUUUAAAAGAUUAUUACAUGUGAGGUAGACUGUCUGAUAUCCAAAACCAAAUAUGUCCUAGCUUCCCUUCCCUGAGAGGUUUACAUCUCCGGGAUCUUUGGAUGUUUCAUUCUAAUCCAUGGAUUCAACAUCAUCAUGACAUCACGCCUGUAUUUUCUUUGGCCAUGUCUUUUCCAUAUCUGCCUGUGACCAUCCGUCUGGCCUGGCUGCUCUCUGUCUGCCUGUCUGUAUGUAUCUGUCUUUCUGUCUACCUGUCUGUCUUUCCGUCUGUCUCUCUGUCUGUCUCUCAGUCUGUCUGUGGUCUAUGGAAAUCAGUGGCAGCCAGGAACUGGGCUAAGCACUGAAUUCGACUGUUGUGGCAGUCUGUCUCUAAUACAGGGGCCAAAACCCUUUCUGCAAUAUUUAGGAGACUGCCUUAAUCUUAGAUGACUUGAGAUGUUUCUUGGUUUGUGUGUGUGUGUGUGUGUGUGUGUGUGUGUGCUUGCUUGUGUAGGCUCUACAAAGCUGAAUGAUGAUGGUGACAUUGAGUUUUACUGUAUCCAUCAAUUUAUUUUCCUUCUUUUUCUUUAUCUUUCUUACAUAUUUAAAAUGUCAUUUUUCUGACUGGCAGUGGGAGCUGCUGGUAUCCUUUGACAUGGUGAGAUGAAAAUGAAAAACAAAAGAAAAAGUGGAGGACUCCUACCUGUGAUCUGAAGUGCUCCAGUAUAGGUGUAGUCAGUGUGAAUUUAAAACAAGAAACAUGUUCCAAUAUAUUGUCUCCAAUAACUGCCCUCCAUGACAUUAAAAUCGAUGUGGUUGUGUGAUGUCAUGUUCCUAUUUACACUGAGUAACAUGACUCAGUAUGUUAAAAUCCCGGUUAAUAUGAAAAAAUACUACUUUUUAAAUGAAGGAUCAAAGUGUCUACAGAAUCAACAGCUAUAUCAAUACUAUGUCUUAACCCUUGAAAUUCAUAUAAUGAAAGGGUUCUUCAAAAUAUCUCGUUGUUUUCCACAGAUCAUUUCAAAGGGUCAUUACAAAUUUCAGUUCAUGAAAUACAUUACUGAUAGUACUUGCAGUUUUAUUGUUCAUUCACGGUGCAUAGCAUUUUGUUUUCUUCUUCUAGACCAUGUGAAAUACUAUAGUGACCAGACCUGCUGAGUGGUGCUGCAGUGUAUAAGGCCCUAGUUCAUACCGCUGGUACUCCUCUACAGCGCCUGUUCAGUCCCAGGGUGUUUUCAGUUGCUCAUCAUUGGAAGGCUCCAGUGGGCUGUGCGUAUUGGCCUUCAAUUGCCCUGGGAUACGGGAUGCUGGGACGAGCACCGCAUUGGCAGAUGUGUUCUAAAGGGAUAUCUUUAAUUUCUCUGUACAUCCAAUUGCAACUGAUCAAACAUUCUCGUCUGAUUUAACCUGGAAGAAGAAACCCUGCCUGCUCUUCAUGCUACCCUACAUGUCUUAAGGAUAGUCUGUUUGUGGUGAGGGUCGUAAAGGCACAUCUGAAAGCAAGGCAGGGUGGUGUCAAUUUAAUGUCAGUUCAUUCUGAAAUUCACAUUACUUCCUGAAGGGACUGAAUUGAAUUGGAAUCCAAGACUGAGGUAGAGUCAUGCUAGUUCAGUCAGUCCUGUAAUUAUUGCUGUAUUUAUUCAUGUGCGCUCAUCAGCACCUGGAUCUCAUGGCACUGCUCUGAAAGCAAGAUAAAGUCUGUCAAUAAAGUGGAUCUUAUAAUGCAGUGCA